AUGAAUCGAAACAUGAGAAUGAAAGUAUCCUCUGACAUUAUCGAUCAAUUAGAGAACGUUGAGGAAAAGAAAAUCGAUUUACCUGUGAUAAAUAACACAGAAUUAAGGAAGCAAUUAAUAGCACGUAUCGAAGAUGUAACUUUAACCGUGAUCGAACAGAUAUCCUCGGGUCGUCUACCGCAAAUUUCAUACUCCCUGCCACGAAAUUACGCUCGAACAGACGUUGAGAUGAUCGAGAACGACCCCGAAUCACAAUUUCACGAGGAAAAACCUGAACGAAACGUCGAAGAAACCGAAGGGAACGGGACGAGAAGAGUGACGCAAGAUUUUGCUAGCAAAAGGGGCAAAGACAAGUUUGCUUUAAUGAUGACUGUGAUGGCCACGGCGCAUCGUUUGCUAAUUACGAACACAACUCUCACGAGACGGUCCCUUUAUUACGACCUGAAAAACGAGAACACCUCGAAUUUAGUCCCGGAGCAAAGAUGCUUGGACCAAGCGGUACAUCACGUUGCUAAUUUGCUUAAUUGCGCGCCAUGGGAUCUCAGUGAAUAUUGGGGAAAAAUUCUCAUUCUCUUCUAUUCGUGUCUAUAUUUCUCUUUGAAAAUUCUAUCUGAUCGCUUAGAUUUAUUGCCAACUUCGAAGGGAUUGGUGGCAGGCGAAUUGACCCUUACACUGGCCGACAAUCGAGUUAUCGAUUGCACCGUUCCAGGGGGUGCAUUGAUCCCUCACCUAGUCUCAAACGUAAUUUCCGCUCGAAGCAGGGCAAGAUUGGUGUUGAUCGUUGAGAAGGAUUCCGUCUUUCAAAAAUUAUUAGAAGACGAUUGCACCUCCUCUUUGAAUUGUAUCCUGGUCACGGGGAAAGGAUACCCGGACGUUGCCACUAGAAUGCUUGUCAAGCUGUUGUCCGAGAAAUUGGAACUUCCGGUUUAUAUAAUCGUCGACGCGGAUCCUUUCGGCAUCGACAUCAUGUGCGUUUACCGUUUCGGCUCGGCAGCGUUAUCCAGAGAGAGGGAAAGUUUGGCCUGUUCAAACGUGCGUUGGCUUGGAGUACAUCCGUCGGAAUUGCUCGCUUUGGGCGUCAACACAGCUCCUCUCACGGAAUUCGAUUUGUCGAAAUUGACGGCCCUCGAAGGUAGGCCUUACACGACUGCGGCGUUCCUCGGAGAACUCGGAGUGAUGCGAAAGUUGGGAAAGGCGGAGAUAGAGAACGUAUCUUCCUCGAGAAAAUUUCUUGUCUCUACUUAUCUGCCUUGUAAGAUCAAAGGAAACGAUUACGUUUAAUAUCGAAGAAUAAUUUAUAAUUUAUAUAAUUUAUAUAUUUA